AUGGCCUCCCAGGCGCCGUGCGCUCCCUGCUCCCCAGAAUGCCUGGACGAGGACGGGAAGACAGUGUCCCAGCUGCGUAGCGUGCACCUGCCCUCGGUCCUCUCCAGCGACCUUGAGCAACUGUUCCAUAAACUGCCCGGCACGGCUCUCAUCAGGGCCUAUGGCCGCUUCAAGCUGUCGACGUUGGAGGCACGCCAGGACGGGCUGCUGGCUCCCUUUGACCCGCUGGAGGUCAGCAGGGACUCACCACCACCCCAGGAGCACCCGAAGCCUGAGAAGAAGUUCUGGGGCGACCAGGAAACCCUCUCCAAGAUCCCGUUUAAAGUUCUGAGGGGACAUGAGGACCUUGUGAGCUCCUGUAACUUCUGUGUGGAUGACACAAAGCUCCUCAGUGGCUCUUAUGACUGCACUCUAAAGCUGUGGGAUGCUGUGGAUGGCUCAGUCAUUCGGGAUUUUGAGCAGAGGCCCAAAGCUCCUGUUUCAGAGUGCAGCGUGACAGCUGACGGCAGAAGAAUUAUCACAGCGUCCUAUGACAAAGCGGUGAGGGCUUGGGACCUUGAGACAGGCAAGCUGCUGUGGAAGAUCAAUCACGAAACCUUCAUAGCCUCCUGUAAGGUUUCUCCUGAUGGCAAAUACGUGGUCUCGGCCUUGGAUGUGGACCGCGCAAUCUGUAUAACAGACGCAGAAAAUGCCACCACCGUGUCGCACAUCAAAAACCAUCACAACCGGUCCCUCACAGCGUGCUGCUUUGACCCCGACAGCCAGAAGGUGGCUUCCGUCUCGCUGGACAAAAGCAUCAAGAUCUGGGAUAUUACAUCCCAGGCCACGCUGCUCACCAUCACCAAGGCGCAUUCCAGUGCAAUUUCAAACUGCUGUUUUACCUUCAGUGGCCAUUUCCUGUGUACAAGCUCUUGGGAUAAAACCUUAAAAAUAUGGAACGUCCAUACAGGGGAGUUUCGGAACUGUGGAGCCUGUGUGACUCUGAUGAAGGGCCAUGAAGGUUCUGUGAGCUCCUGCCACUUUUCCAGAGACACCUCUUUUCUCGUGUCUGGAGGGUUCGACAGGACUGUGGCUAUCUGGGAUGUAGGAGAAGGCUACCGGAAGCUCUCCCUGAAGGGCCACAGUGACUGGGUGACAGACGUUGCCAUUAGCAACAACAAGAAAUGGGUCCUGUCUGCUUCAAAGGACAAAACCAUGAGACUAUGGAAUAUUGAAGAAAUUGACCAAAUUCCUUUGGUAAUCGAGUACAAAAAGGCCCUGGGCUUAAAGGUGAAACAGUGUGAAGUAUGUGACAGGCCUUUCUCCAUCUACGAAAGUGACAUCUUUUCUGAAACAGUCACCCAGUGUGUGUUCUGCCGGAUGGAUGCCAAAGACUUGUCAACAGAGGCCUCAUCAUUAUCAGGAGGGGAAGACUCACUGUCACAGGACGGCAGCCCGGGCGCAGAUGACUGA